AUGUGCAGCUCUAGGAUACCCACGAUAUCCUUCCAGUCGGAUGUCUCGAAUAAUAAACGACUCAAGAUCUCAGGCGAAAUGAUAAUGACUCAACCGAUGUUAAAAGACGUUACUAAUAAAUUCAAUAAUAACAACAGUAUCAGGUACUCUGACAAGUCGUCUAUUGAACUGGCUAAGAGUAAAGAACGUAAGAUACUCAGGGAUAUUAACCAUUUCAAAAAUUCUAUAUUGGAGAUUGAAAAGGAUAUUACAUUGUAUCGCGAUUCUAAGAUACCAAAUUUAUCAGAAUUAUUACUCGAUCAGGAUACAAAUUUGAAUGAAUUACAGGAAGAUCUGUCUCAUUUGGAAAAUGAUAUCAACUUUACUGCCCUCGAGAUUGAAAAAUUGAUCAAAAAUCAUGAAUUUAAUAAUAUUAAUUUACAAUUGUUACAUUCAAUAGAAAUUUCAAGUUUUGAAAAUCAAUUAAUGGAUGGUGUUUAUACCAAAAAAAGAGAUAUGGAAAAUCAAUUGAUUGAAAUAGAUGAGUUGAAACCCGAUGCCUCUUUACAGUGUGAAAUGAAUGAGUUCCAAGACUCGGUCAAGCAAUUAUCCAAGGAUAUCCAAUCGAUAAAUAAUUCCAACUCUGUAAAAUGUAACGAAUUUGAACAAACUGAAUUGGUAGCCAAUUUUGAAUCGUUUAAAUCUGAGAAAUCAAAGAGAUUGGAUCGUUUACUCAGCGAACAAAGGGUCCUUUGCGAUCAAUUGGACCAAUUAAGAGAUGAAAACUUAGUCAAGACCAAUUUAAUCAGUGAAUUACAAUCUAAAAUGUUUGAUUUAACCAAGAACUCGGAAACUUUGACCCUCACAAUAGAAGAAUUGGAUAAUUUAAUAAUACCGAAGUUACAAAAUGAAUUCAAUGCAAAGCAAAUUAAAUUUGAUAAAGAAAAAUCACAAAAAAAUCAAAUUGACAUGGAAGCUCAAUCAACGAAAAUUGAAAUCAAUAAACAACGAUCUAAGUUGUAUUGUGAAAAAUCCACAACACGAAAUCUUCAAUUCCAAAUUAACGAGUUAACUAAUAACAUCACGCUAAUUGGAAUCACAAACGCGAUUGAAGACAAACGGUUCCACAUAGUAGUAGAUCCACAAACAAAUUUGAUUGACGAAGAAAUCUUACCGUUUAUCAAGUCAUGCAAAUUAAACAACCACAAGACUAUAACUAUUUUACACUACAACAGCAUCGAAUAUUUGAAACAACUUUUAGAAAAUCCAACCGAUACAUCUCCAUAUUCUGUCACAUACUCUCUAAGCCACGAUGACGAUUUUAAAAUCAACACUAUUGAAAUCAAAAAUAUAACAGAUUUCACAGCAAAGCUAGCAGAUCAACGAUCAUCGCAUUACGAACUAAUUCAAAAUUCCAAGACAAUCUCCAUAUUCAACAUACAGGACGGGCACGACCAGAUAAACGUCUUGCUCGAUCAACUACGAUCAAUGGACGCACGCCCUCAACGUAAGUAA